CGGUUUUUGUGUUAUGGAAAGCAAUUGAAAUUUUUAAAAUCUUUGCAAAAAGCUUACGAGUUCUGUGUGUACAGACAUUACCGUCGUGUAUUGAAUCCUUUUCGGCAGACGAAAAUCACGAUAUGUAUAGAAACACCGUAUUGGCCACCGAUCGGUCAAAAACGACCAACGCUAGAGUGCCCUACAACGUCAAAAUACUAACCGUGAAUCCAAACGGAUCUUCCGCGGACAAGAUUGCUACCAAACCGAAAUAUAUCGCCAACACUGACACGAUUACGAUAUCAAAGCCAUCGGCUAUCGGACUGAUAAAAAACAAACGAAACGGUAUUACCGAUUGUGACUUUACGUUUACAAAAAUGAAACGGCUUUCGUGGGUCACCCCAUAUUCUUGCAUGUCCAAUAAACGAAAGCUCACUACGAAUACCGAAUACUAUGCGACAAAAAAAAUGAAGCAGACGACUGACGACGACAUCGAUAAACCCAACGGAUUGGUCUUGAAAGUCUGGAAGCUCAACGAGACACCAACGUUUUCCCUCGAUACGAAAACAUCGCCUCGAGUAUACAGUUCGAAUAACGCGAGCACAACAACUGAAUCAAUCGACAUAGACUCGGCCGAGAGCGAUAACGAUGGUCCUUCCUUAUACGACGUGCCGCCGCGAGAUUUGAACGAGAAAAAGAAGAACCCGCCCUCGUACGAUUCAUUUCUCACUGCGACGACGUGGUACAGCGGCGACACAAUCAACGCGUAUUUAAGUUUGAUUGCAUCGCGUUCGCAAGGCAAAGUGCACUACCUGAUCACCGAUUUUAUGAAGGCGCUUUCCCGACGCGGAUACGCUGGCGUGAAAAGAUGGAUCAAAAUCGAUAUACACUCUUUAAAACUCCUGUUGGUGCCCAUGCACGUAAACGACAACCAUUGGACCAUGACUGUAGUCGAUGUACCCGAAAAGACGAUAACGUUUUUCGACAGUCUCAACUCCUACAAUGGCCCUUACCCGUCGUUAUUUAGACAAUUUCUAAUCGAAUGGGAGAUCGAAAACUACGGAUAUUCUUCCCAAUGGACUUUACGGUACGGAAAAGCUGUGCAACAACGCAACGGUUAUGAUUGCGGACCGUUAUCUUUGGAGUUGGCCGAGAAGAUGUCCAGAGACGACGGCACGCCGAUCAACCCGCUCGCAAUGCCUUAUGUCCGGUUGAGGCAUAAGUACGAACUAGAAGCCGGCACAUUAUUCCAAUUUUGACGUAAAUAUUAUAUAUUUGCCCAUCAUCAAGAUUCACGUUUACCAAUCACGACUUUAUACGACACACCGAUUUCGACUAAUACCGACCUACUCAUCAAUACCAAUUGAAAUAUGUAAUAUUCGCCUUAUAACUCUAUUUUUUCUGCCCCAGACGCUGUACUUACAAUUUAAACGGCCGUGUUUAAUCGAAGUACACGCCGGGGAUGGCUUUUUCUUCAUUGGAAACACGUUUUCUACAAUAUUCUACAAUGGGCAACAUUGAGUUUCCAAUGUCGAGUGACACAUCAGUUCGAUGUUAUUUGAUUCCGUUAGAAAUAUUGUACAUUUUGUAUUUUUUUUUUUAUUAAAUUCGUGUACAAUAACUUUAUGAUAGUACCUCUUUUGUACAUGCAAAUUUAUUAAUAAUUGUUAUUUUUUUUCAUAUAUAUGUCAAUAUUAUUUUGUUAUAUAGUAUUUUUUCGUUGUAUAUUUGUUUGUUUUCUUGUGUGAAAUAUUUUUCUUUCUAAUUGGAAAUUGUAUAUUUAUUAUGAUAUAUGUAAUUUGUUAUUAUCAAUAUAUGUGUACAUUUUUUUUUUUUUAAUAAAACUUAUCCGUGAAAAGCGUGUGGUCAUAUAAUAACUAGCGAUAUUUUUAGAUAUAAUUUUUUGGAUUGCCCAUACAACAGUACGCUAAGGCAUCAAAUUAUUAACCGUGAAUCCAAACGGAUCUUAAGCGGACGAAACGGCUAAAAAAACACAAGAGUUUUUUCUAUAAUUAUACGAUUCACCGAAUUUCGACCACUGUAAGACAAUUACGAUAUGUUUACAAAUACCGUACCACCCACCUACCGUUCUGAAAUAUGGGCUAAUCAUUACUUUUUGCAAACAAAAUUAUCGUAUUAAAUAAUUUUAUAUUAUAAAAAGU